AUGACGAUCGAGGGACAAUUCAUUGGAUGGCAAACAAUUGGAACUGGUGGUGACAUAAUCAAUGCAUUUAGCGGUACUUGUCUUGCAAUGUCUAUGGCGAAUAUCAUCGGCAUUGUCGGCCCGGUAUUCUCGAGAGAAACUCUUAUUAUUGCUGCUUUUGCUGAAAAAGUUGGCUUUCCAGUGAUAUCCUACGCUGCAACCGAUCCUGACUUAACUGCUCGAGCAGCGUACCCUGCAUUUUAUCGUACAGUACCUUCGGAUAAUUCAGCUGCAUUAUCGAUUGCAAAACUCUUCGUCAAGUUUAAUUGGACUUCAUGCGUAAUUAUCUAUCAAAAUGAUGCAUUUGGAUCAGGUGGUGUGAAAGCAAUAAGCCAGACAUUUCAUAACAAUGGUUUGGUAGUUAGCCAAACAAUCGUGUUUGAUAUAGCGUCAAGGAGUAUACAAGGGAAUUUAAAAGUCUCUUUAAUUAGUAGUUCAGCACGAAUUGUAAUUUUGUGGGCUGAAUCCAUGUAUACAACUCUCAUUAUACAAUCUGCGCUUGAGUCUGAUGUGCUCGGUCCAUUAUUUACAUGGAUAUUAAGUUCGAGAGUACCGUUGAACGCGUUCAAUCGAACAUUUUAUAAAAAGUUAGUUGGAAUACUGACAAUCGAACCUACAGUAGGAGAUGUUUUAAGUGCGUCCGUAAAUAGCACAUUGUUAAGUGCAGCAUAUAAUAUUUGGAACAAGUACGAACCGGAAUCGUUUCCUGGGCCGGCAAAUGUCAAUAACUAUGCACUGUUUGCAUUUGAUGCGACUUGGUCAUUGAUUUUGUCAUUGAAAAAACUUUGUUCGAGAACAAUGAAUAGUUCUUCUCCGUGCAUAUCGACUCUCAAUGCUUCAUUCUGUUUUGAUAACCGUUUUUUGAAUUCCAAGGCUUUUCUUGAUACUAUCAUUCAGACUGAAUUUCUUGGUGUAACCGGUCCAAUACAAUUUAGUGCAAACGCAACACAUCGAAUAAAUGGUACUUAUUAUUUGGCUCAAAAUGUUCAAACUUCUUCAAACGGUGUGGAUUAUGUGCCAGUAUUGGAGUGGACUGAUUCUGACGAUUGGCGACCGUCAUCACAACCCAAGGCUAUUGUGUGGCCUGGUAAUUCUUUACUGCCCCCUAGUGGACAUGCAAAACUUACAGGUGUGAACUUACGUAUUGGUGUUAUUGAGUCCAUUCCAUUUACAACUGUCGCAAAUGUUACAGAUAAAUAUGGACAAAGUACCACAAAAUUAGUUGGCUAUGUGUCUGAUCUUGUUCAACUUUUGCAAAAUAAGAUGGCAUUUGUCCCUACUAUUAUAUUAGUACCCUCCAAUCAGACAUAUUCCGGAUUGAUUGAUGCAGUUGAAAAUGGCGUCUAUGAUAUGGUAAUAGGAGAUGUCACAAUGACUGCUGCGCGAAGAGAAAAGGUCGCAUUUUCGAAUUCAAUAUUUGAUACUUCCACACGCAUAAUUAUGCGAACAAAAGUUCCGAAUACUGUGGAUCUCUUUGCAUUUUUAGGACCAUUCUCAUUUAGUCUUUGGAUGAUACUCUUAAUUAUCACUAUCUUUGCUGCUGUUAUCAUCUGUCUACUAGAACGACCAGAUAACCCAGCGUUACAAAAUAGAUCAUUUAUGUCUUCUGUUAUAAUGAGUUGGUGGUAUUCUGUUGGCACAAUAAUGGGAUAUGGUGCAGAUUUUCAAGUUACAACUGCUGCUGGACGUCUAUUAACUGUUGGUCUAUAUUUUUUAAGUUUAGUUUUGGUAGCAACAUAUACUGCUAACUUAGCAUCUGAUUUAACAAUAUCAAAAUCGAAGAAUAUCAUUACUGGAAUUGAUGAUAUAAAAAGUGGCAAAAUUCCAUUUAAUCGUAUUGGUGUUCGUGUAGGCACAGUUGGUGAAGAGUAUUAUUUACGAGAAAUUUCUGGAGGAAAUCGAAAUUUUUAUCCAUUGAGUUCUCGAAAAGACAUGUAUGAAAGUCUGCUUAAUGGUAUCAUCGAUGCAUCUUUGAUGGAUAGUGGUACUGGUGAAUAUGUAACGAAUAAUGUGUAUUGCAAUUUGACUUUGGUAGGUGCAGAGUUCGAUAAGAGUGCAUUCGGUAUUGUUGUUUCUAAACAAUGGUUAUAUGGACAAGAUUUAGAUGUCAACAUAUUAUCAUUAAGAGAGUCCGGUGCUCUUGAUGACUUAAAAAGAAGAUGGUUUCAAUUAUGUAGUUGUCCUGAUACAUCCGAUACGUCGACCAGCUUGGUGAUUGAAGCAAUGGGUGGCUUAUUUCUUACAUUUGGAGUCAUAAGUAUUCUAUCAGUGUUUUUAUUCAUAUGGAAGAAACGCUUUAGAAUUAAUUUACAUAAAUUAUUUCAACAUGAAAAUAUUAUUCGAUUUUACGGUCAUAUACAAGAUGAUUCAACUUAUUAUCUAUUUCUUGAACAUGCUGCUGGUGAUGAACUAUUCAAGAAAAUUAAAUCUAAUGGUGGAAUUCCAGAAUGUCUCGCACAACUUUAUUUUAAACAAGUUGUUUGUGGAAUGGCUUAUCUUUAUAGUCUUGGUGUAGCACAUCGAGAUCUUAAACCAGAAAAUGUUCUCAUCGCAAAUAAUGAUAUUAUCGAAAUUUGUGAUUUUUGUUGGCAACAUUUGUUCGUAAUCAAGCAAACAAAAGAUGAACAAAUAUUGACUACCUAUUAUGGUACACGACCUUAUAUGUAUCAUCAGAAAACACCAUAUCGAGGUGAACCUGCUGCCGAGAUUGACGAUUGUGGACUUCGUAUAUGA